GGCACUUUCCAGUGUUGUUUCGUUACAAGUUUUAAUUUGAGGAUUUUUAUUGUGAAGAAAGAAAACAAAUACAAGUGAAAAAUGCAGGCUAUAAAGGAAAAGAUUCAAGAUAUGAAGGCCAUGAAAAGUGUAAAGGCUGAAGCCAGAGCUGAAGAAAAGCAAGAGAAGGAACUUGCAAAAUCACAUAUGGAGAUAGCACAUGAAGCAAGGUUGGCAAAAGAAGCAGAAGCAGAAAUGGAGUUACAUGCAGCCAAGGCAAAUCGCAAGGCUCAGAAGGAAUUGGCAAAGCAUGGAGCCAAAAGCCCUAAUCCUACUGUCAUAGAUCCAAACCACCCUGAUUACACAGCUCAUUGAUUCACGUGCACAAAUAAUAUAUUAUGUGUACACACACAUGCAUAUGUAUAUACGCAUGUAUAUAUAAUACUUAUGUAUGUUUGCAUGCAAGCAUGAAAAAAUUAUUGUGGUCAGUCGUUGAUCAAAUGUGUUUUUGUGGUGUGACCAAUUGUAUGUAUUUAUCCAUUUAUG